AGAGCCAUAACCUCGAAUUCAUUCGAAUAUCCGGUGUUCCGUCCGGCAUUUGGUUGGAAGAUAUCUGAAUCAAUAUGAAAUUCGGGAGAGUGAGUAAUUUGUUGAUAAAUAAUUUGUCCGUACCAAGUCAUUAUUGGCGAAGAAUGAUAUCGAGUAAUAAUGAGGUCAAAUCGCUAAUGUAUAAAGAGUACGGAGAUCCUAAAAAUGUGCUUCAGAUACAUACGUCUUCUCUUCAGCAACCAUGCGAAAAUCAAGUUAUUGUAAAAUGGCUUUUUGCGCCAGUAAAUCCGGCCGAUAUUAAUACGAUACAAGGAAAAUAUCCGAGUAGAUCUCCUCUUCCCGCUGUGCCAGGCAAUGAAGCUAUAGGUGAAAUAGUAGCAAUUGGUUCAAAUAUUCGAGAUUUUAAUUUAGGUGAUAGGGUUCUUCCUAAUGGAGUUAAUAAAGGUACAUGGAGGUCCCAUGCAAUGUACGAAUCCCAAGAAUUAUUUAAAGUAAAUAAGAAAAUGGACGCGAUUGGGGCUAGUAUGUUAAAUGUUAAUCCUUGUACAGCCUAUAGAAUGUUAAAGGAUUUCAUUUGUCUGCAACCCGGUGAAACUAUAAUUCAAAAUGGAGGAAAUUCAGCCGUUGGGCAAUUAGUAAUUCAACUUUGUAAGAUUUGGGGUAUCAAAACUAUUAAUAUUGUUAGAAAUAGAUCCAAUAUCGAAACUUUAAAAGAGCAACUUUUAAAUUUAGGCGCUACAGAAGUAUUAACGGAAGAAGAAUUAAAGACGACAAACAUUUUCAAAAGUCAAAUACUUCCGCAGCCUCGAUUAGCACUGAAUUGCGUUUGCGGUAAAAAUGCAUGGGAAAUUCAAAAACAUUUAGUCCAUGGUGGUAUCAUGGUAACAUACGGAGGAAUGUCUAGAGAACCUUUGAUGGUUCCAGCAUCGCAUUUAAUUUUCAAAGACAUUACUUUCAAAGGCUUUUGGAUGACUUCAUGGACCAAGGACAAUUUCAACUCGGAAGAACGGCAUAAAAUGUACGAUGAGUUGCAAAAUUUAUUUAUUGAAAAAAAAUUACAGCCUCCGCGCUACCAACUUAUUCCAUUUAACCAAUAUGAAGAAGCUGUUGUAAAUACUCUUAAAGUCGAUAGUAAAAAUAAUGUAAAAUAUAUUUUAGAUUUACAAACAGAUUGUUAAA